UCUUCUAUAUCUCCCUCUAGUGGUCAGAAUAAAUGAGAAGAAAGUUGAAAUAAAAAUUCUGCCAAUGAUGGUGGGAAUGGCAGGGAUCCAUUUGGAUGGCUGGGUGUUUCAUUCUGGCACCUCCAGGACAGGUUGUCAGUCCAUCACAGGGCAGAAGAGAACAGAUUAUUUUAAACCUUUAAAAUCAAAUAGUUGCUGUCUAAGUAACUUUAAAGCCAAGUCAAAGAAAAGAGACUGAGGAAACACUUGAGAAUAUCAGGCCAACCAGAGUGUCAUGAGAAAAAUCGGCUGGAAAGGAGAAAGCUAAAAAAGUUCUUUGUACAUCAUAGAAUCCUUGUUAUAUUUUUGGUGGCUCAUGGUAUGUCGGGUCAUUACCCCUAACAUAAGUUGGUUGAGGUUCUGUCAUCAGACGGCCAUGUACAUUUUUAGAAUGAGCAACUUUGUUGUAAACAUGUAGAAAUCUAGAAUAUCAUAAACCAUAUCAUAAAGGUAUGGUGAUGCUCCAACGUAGCCUGCUUUCAUUUCCAGCUCACAUUGGAGUUUUUUCACUGUUGAUCUGCUUUAACAUGGCUGACCAACAGGACAUUAGUAGUCUCUCAGCUGCUGUCGUGUAAUGUUUACUCUUCUGUUAGUUUGAAAGCUAGAGUUCUCCUGGCUACUCCUUGAAAAUCUCAUGCUGGGAAAUUGUUUGUUAAAAAUACUCCACGAGUGGAAAUAAAAACCAGGUGGCAGGACGAUCACACGCAAAAUGACCCACUGGUUAUUUACUCGUUCAUGUUGAGCCUUUUAUGGCCAACAGAGGGAGCUCGCCGUUCACCGUAGAGCUCUUAUAUUGCUCUUCUUCUUCUCCAUGUGGUCAACAGAGCGUCACAGUUUUUGGUCCAUCGUCUCCGAACAUCGCUGGCAGCAGACAGAGAGCAGAGGAAGGACAACAGUGAGCAGAGAAAAGAGUUUUGAGGAUCCAAAAGUCAUCAGUUCUCCAUCAUGGACUUCCAAGAAGGAACUCAGGGACUCACUGGUGGAUAUGUACAGAGUUAAUCCCAGAGUGAAUGAGGAGCUGCGGCAACGUCUGCCUUCACCUUCCAGACAGCACCUUAGUAACAUAAACAGAUUCGGAAGCAGUCUAAAUCUGGAUUGCAGCUCACCUCAGGCCCCUUGCUGUCUUCAGGAGUUUCCGGUCUGCUGCUCUCCUUCGCCUAACUGUUCCCCUGUUUGGAGGACUGCCUCUCCUGUGUCACCUUCAUCCAUUAAGAGCUCCUUGGCUGCAUUGCCUUCAAGCUUUCCAGGAGGUACAGGAGAGAUGGAAGCAGACAUCCGGCCGAGCAGCGAUCCUUUUUCUUGGGCAGAGAGCGCCGGGGACUGCUUAGAUGAAGAAGCAGCAUUUAAAGGUCCAAAUAGUCCUGUUCUGGGAAGAAACCUGGUAACUGCUGGCAACAGCUCUCCCCAGAUUUCUGCAUCCAGCCCACAUCAGACUGUUGAUCAAGCCCGAAACAUCUCGUUCUUACUGAAGGAGCUGGACGCUAUGAGGGAACUCAACAACAAAGUUCAAAAGCAGAUGGUUCAGAAGGAGAAAGAGCUGCUGCAGAAGGAGGUGGAUGAAGAGCUGAACAAGCAGCACCAAGGAGUCCAAAACUGGGAGACACCCACAGCGGUGUUGGAGGAGAUGUUGGUGGCUCAGAAGGACAGAGAUCAGGCUCUGAUGUCACGACUACUGCUGGCCAAUGAGGAGAGAGAUGAAGCUUUACUUCGUGCCCGCCGACUGCAGCAGGCAGCUGAGUCAGAUGAUUUCAGCAUCCAGGACACUGAUAUGGACGUUAAAAAUCUCCUCCAGCAUGUCUGUGAAGCCAAAUCGGUUCUUGAAGUGAAACAGUUCGGCACUGCUCUAGUUCAGCAUCUGCGGCUUGCACAGCAACGAAGAAAUGACAUCACUGCUCAGGAGAUGAAGGCCGUGAUGGAGGAGAGAGACAAAUCUGUUGACAAAUGUAAGUGGCUGAAGGAGAACCUGCUUCAGCAGAAGGACCAAUCAGUCAGCCAGGAGGAGCUGCUGAGGCUGCAGAAUGAGAGAGAUGCAGCUCUGGACAAGAGACAACGACUCGAGGCUGAAAUUCAAGCAUUACAAGCCAAUCACAGCUGUCAGGGCUAUGUCACUCCUUCCCAGCCAUCACUUUCAGCUGAGUCAUCUGCAGAUCAGGAGGACUUGUCAUCUCAGGUCCAGACUCUCAUGGUUCAACUGCAACAUCUGUCCAGAGAGAGGGAAACCACUGAGGCAGAGCUCCAGCGCAGCCAGGAGGCUGAGAAGGAAGCUAGUGAGAGAGUUCAUAGGUUGGAGCGUCUGGUGGAAGUGUUGAGGAAGAAAGUUGGAGCAGGAAGUCUUCGUUCUGUCAUCUGAGCUAAAUUUUAGGACUUUUAUUGUGGUCCUUUUUGUAUAACUAAAUUGAUGUUUUGGAGUUUUUUUUACUGUACAGUUUUUUUUUACUUUUUUAAGAAUAAAACUAUAUGUAGUGGCAGCAGUAGGAAUUAAGCAACAGAAUUUCUAAAAGCCUUUUCUGUCUCUUUCAGUCAGACCUCAGUUUUAUCUUCUGUGUUUUCCUCUCCUUGGUUGGAAGGAGAGUAUGAAAUAAAUAUUAAUUAUGUCUUUAGAACUUGCUGUUCCACAAAGAUGUGAGUUUUCUUGUUAACAUGUCUGUUUUCUUCCUAAUGCAGUUUUCAUUUUUAACAUCUGUUGUUGUUUAAAGGUUUUCUGUCUGCCAGCUGCCCUGAUUUAGAUUUUUCAGGUGCUCGUAAAUAAAUUUGGAUAUGAUCAGA